UUCCAUGCAAGUGUCUCUUGUUCGCUACUCGCAAACAUCACUUCAUCCUUGGCCUAGCUCAUUCUAUUCCCCAAUAGCCCCAUUAAUUUUUCUUAUAUAGGGUUUCUUUACUCUGACAAAAAAAAAAUUCUCUUUUAUCUCUAAAAAUUAAGAUUCCUUCCUCACCUCCUUAAAACACAAUGUCAAGCAGAGGAUUACGUUCUAGGCAGUCAAGCGGUGUUUCUAGGAUCAGAGAUGAUCAGAUCACUGAUCUUGUUUCCAAGCUGCAACUACUUAUCCCUCAGAUUCGUAGAGGGCGCUCCCACAAGGUAUCAGCUUCCAAGGUCUUACAGGAGACCUGCAACUACAUCAGAAGCUUACACAGAGAGGUGGAAGACCUAAGCCACCGGUUAUCGGAGCUAUUAGCUUCAACAGACAUCGAUAAUGACCAAGCAGCCAUUAUCAGGAGUUUACUUAUAGAGAGAAAGCGGGAAAGGUCAACCUCGAAAGCUGAUAAUAGUGGCUAAGAUGUGAUUGAUCUGUUCUCUCCGGAGGCUUAAACAUUAUGGUUUGGGUUGUUUUUGGCCUGGGUUUCGUUUGAAUGCAUGGUUUCAACUCGUGUUCGUGACACUUGUUUUUCAACAUAUAUUUAAGUUUAAAGUUGUGAAAAUUUGGUCUAAUUAGGCAUCUAUGUAACGUUGAUGGCCCGAAAGCAGAUUAGCUGGGAUGAUCAAUUAAAUAUAUGCGGUUAUGCAUGAGCAUCCACGAGCUAGUUAGGUUGAUGAUCUUUAAGCCUGCAAACUAGGAUGUUUAUAUUAUAUGGUAGAAAAUUUUAGAAAUCUGUUAAACCAUAUUACAUGUAUCUAAAUUGUUGACACCAUUUUUUGUAUAAAAACGGAAUCGACUUGGGUUUUGAAA